CCGCGGCGAUGCCUGACCUCGUGACGUGACCUGACCCCUGACCCGGUCGCCAUGGGCUCCAACGGGGACGUCUGGAUGAACGGCGGCAGCGGCGUGCUCCGUAGCGACUCGGUGCCGUCCAGCACGCUGGGCCGGCGCAGGACGAAAUCCGGUCCCAAGCGGGUGACCUUCAAGCUCGAGUCCGAAUCCUCGCCGACAGAUGACACUAUCUCCUUUGCCGAAGCGCCUGCCGAUGGUAUGCCCUCGUGGUGGCCCCGCCCUGCCGACCCGGGUCUGGGUCAGACGGCCGUGCAGACUGCUGGGAGGCCCGCUCAGCAUGCGCAGCCGUCGACAGCACCCUCGUUGGCCGCGACACCCCUGGCGCCCAUCCACGCACCCACCGCAGCGACGCCCGCGCCACUUGAGGACCGGAAGGUCGUGUCCGGGUUGCUGAUCGGUCAAGGUCACCCGGUGGACAGUGCGGUGUGGUAUCCGAGUGUGAACGGGUCCGGGAGCUCUCCCCGGCCUGCAGUUGCGGCACCUGCGUCAAUCGCAGGCCACAACGAGGGCGGAGGCUCCGCGCCCCCACCAGUCACAGCGCAGAACCACUACUCGUCACCGCGCGCACCUAUCGGGUAUCAGGUUCCGCACUCGGGUCGACCGGUCUCUCCAAUCGAACGUCACGGAACACCGAUCACCCAGCCAAUGGCCAGCGGCCAGCCUCUUGUGCCUUCGUGGUGGCCAAAGACCUCCUCUAAAGAGCCUCAAAGCCAGCCGGAGCCCGAGUACUACGAUAACACCUCGGAGGAGUGGCAUGCGAGGAACUCGCGGCCGGCAAUCCCAGCUCGGCUCCCUCCAGCUCCCAGCGUCGGUGUCACGGAGCUGACGUCAUUGAACGCCGUGGCCGGCCAGCGACAGUCCGUGCGCGUCGGUGGCGGCCCUCUAGCGGCGGCCGGCGGCCCUCUAGCGGCGACUGGUGGCCCCCUGGCGGCGGCUGUCGACGGCAGGCCCUGGGAGAGGCCGCUACCCGCAGUGCCAUCUGGCGAGCGCGGACAGUCCCCAGACAAGUCAUCUAGUGACCGGAGGUCGUUCCCGGAUCAGCCAAUUCUCACCCCUUCUAUCACGGUCAACCAUCCGUCGCUCAUCAGCGCCCCGCAGCCGAGUCGCGUGGGGUUCUUGGGGCCACCGCCAGAUGUCACCGCCGGCGCCAGCUCGCCGAGCGUCACAUCAACGGAGGCCGACUCGACACACCCGAGCGAGGAGGAUUUCCUGCACCUCUCGCCGUCGCCAGCCCGACGCCCCACGUCCGCGGUGGCCCGUGACGUCAGCGGUGACGUCACAGCUGACGUCAGCGGGCGGCAGCAGAAGCCGACGCGCGUGGAGUCCGUCUGGAGCCGGUUGCUCUGCACGGCCUCCGAUGGAGCUGCGGAGAAGGACGCUGAGGAGCCAGCGGGGCUGCAGGGCCGCUACCGGGACACACUGGCGAGGAGGCCGGCGCGGGUGGUCACGUCUCCGCCGCCGCCGCCGCCGCCCCCUCCCGCCCAGCGUCAGCCCACGCAGCAGCCGCAGGGACAGCAACAACAUGAAGGACUUGCAAUGCAGCAGCUGCGACAAGAGCUUCAGGAGCUCAGAGAGCAACGGGCACGCCAACAACAGCAGGCAGAAGAACGACGUCUGCUGCUGGAGAAGCAAGAACGGCAGCAACGGCUGCAACAGCAGCAGCAGCAGCAGCAAAUGUUUGAACUGAAACAGCGCCAGCAGGAACAAGAGCAGCAGCGUCAGCUGCUUGCACAGCAACACCAGCAGCAGCAGCUGCUAGAACAGCGUCAGGAGAAGGAAGACCAGCGACGCCUGUGGCUGACACAGGAGCGUCCGCAGCCGCAGCGGAGCCUGGACGUGAACUGGAGAGAGAGCAGUGACAUGCGGCUGGAGGCGGGCGGCGGACGCCCUUCCAGCGCCCUGGAGGCGACGGUCCGGGCCGCGCCGACGCCGACGGCAGUCACGAUCAGCGACGCCGCGCGGGACUGGGGCAGAAUAUUUGAUGUGGACGUAAGCGAGGCGGGCGCGUGGGGACGGGCGCCGACGGCGCGCGCGCCGCAGCAGCGCGGGCCCGCAGCCAUCAGCGGCGUCAGCCCUCCCGGCGCGGCGGAGGCACUGGUCCGCGGCUGGGAGGGGGACGGGUCGUGGCGUACGCCCAGCGGACCUGCGACGCCCGUCAACGGACCGACGGCGCAGGAGAGCAGAGCGGCGGACUUCCGGCCAAGCUCCGCCCCGGUCGGGUCCGAGGCUGGUGCGGAGCCGGGCGGAGUCUCGUUCCAGCGGAGCUUCCAGUCCCCGCCGGUGGGGUCGCGCCCGUCGCCGUCUGCCCAGCCGUCUCGGGCCGAGGGUGACCGGCAGUUCGACGCGACAGGGAGAGUUGGCGCCCGCAGCAGCCCCAGCCCGCUGGAUGACGAGCUCGAGAUCUGCCUCAAGUCCGUCGAGGAGGCAAUGGCCUCGCUGCAGGACAGCGUGAAUAAAAACGCGAACAGGCGGGAGGCGGCGGCUGACGCAACGCGGCAGAAUCUCAACCGCAGCUUUGAAGUGGUGCCGUUAGGUGGCGGUGGGAGCGGGCACUGGCGAAGGAGGAGCUUUGACGGUGCAGAGUUGGAGAACUUCGACAGGAAGAGGAUGUGGGGAAAAAACAAUGACGACGAAACCGAGGCCGCGGGCCAAAUGCAGCUCGUAAAGGAUCAGUCGCCGUCCUUCGGAGUGCUUCGUCCACUGCAGCACAAUGCGCGUCAUCUGUGGACGCCUGGACAAAACGAUAGUUCUAACUGGACUCGCUUGGUGGUCGGAGAUUGGCUGCUUGGGACGGAACAUAACAGACAUGACGUGCUUUCCCGCCAAAUCGCCCUGUGGGAGGGCCAGCCCGGUGACGGCGACCGGCACCAGGGCGCGCGCGGCAUUCGGGCCGCCUCCGUCGCCAGCACCAGUCCACGCACCAACGGAAGACGGAUCGGUUACCAUGAAUCGGAGGAGCCCGACGCGGACGAGGUGGGCAGCCAGAUCAGCCGUAUCGGCCAUGAGAGCCUGCAGAAACACCGCUACAUCACGGACAGGUUGCAGCCGUCGCCGGCUGGCGCGGGCGCGCGGGACCGCACGGCGCCCGGGAGGCCGGCAUCAAGCGCCUCCCACCGGCUGUCGUCACCGCCAGCGGCCGAUGGGCAACAGCAACAGCAGCAGCAGCAGGAGCGCUGGUACGGCCAGCCGGCCUGGCAGCAGGCGGAGACGGCGCCCAGCGGCCCGCCGGCGGCUGCGCUGGAGUUCCCGUGGUCUGCCGGCUCUGUAACGGGCGGUCAGGUGAAGCGAUCGAACACGCUCGCCGAAACACGCGGAGGCUCCGGCUUUGGUCGCCGUCCCACGCUGAGCUCGUACCCGAGACAUAGCAGCACUCUGCCGGCGGGCCAGCAGCCGUGGACGCCGCCCGACGACAGGUUUGCGAAACAGUGGCGUGAUGGCAGCCUGUCGCCGACGGCGUCGCAAGCUUCGACGAUCACGCCGCAGAUGGCAGCACCAGGUGGACGCUGGGCGGCGCCAUUGUCGCCCAGUGGCUCCGUGGUCAGCGUCGACUGGAACCAGCUGUUCGACACCAGCAGCGAAGUAUCGAGCGUGCUGGACGACGAGCUGAGUUCGGUGGCGAGCGACGCGGCGCGGCGGCCGCUGAGCCGGGCGGAGGUGGUGCGCUGGUACCAGCAGCACCAGCUGCCGCGCGGCGUCGGCGUCGACGCCCUCACCGGCCGCGCCGCGCCCUGGUUCCACGGUCUGGUGGGCCGGGGCGAGGCCGAGCAGCGCCUGCUGCCCUGCCCGCCGGGCGCCUACCUGGUGCGGUGCUCGCUGCGGAUCUGGGGGUACACGCUCUCGUACCGGGCCCAACAGCGGUGCAAGCACUUCCUGGUGGAGGCAGCCGACGUCGGCUACCGCUUCUACGGAAACCCGGACAGAUGUUUUAGAACGCUCGAUGAGCUGCUCCGGUACCACACCAUGCAGCCAAUCACAAUGCUGGGGGCGGAGCUUCUUCUCUUCCCUUGCACCAAUCACACCAACACAUCUGCAUCUCAGCUGGUGGCCUGAAUGCGAAAAAGAACGGCAGCUAAACUUCACUGCGCUUCCUCCGAACGCGAGCCCGAAAUUUGUGCAUACAUUUAGAUAGAUUGUUACGAACUGUUUUUCGUGCAAUGUCGUCUAGUCUGCCGGAGAGCAUGGCUGUUGUACCCACGUGACCGGACACGUGACUCGCCCUCGAAACGUGCACACAAUUUGAACUCUGAGACACUUUCGCUAACUCGGCUAACCUGCGUCACGAGGUCAGCACGAGGUACGCUAUGAAGUACCGAUGCACACGUCUGUUGGGCGAGUCCAUGUUGAUACCGCUGGCGCGAUCGUGCGCCGCUGUGGGCGUGUCUUCCAGGAGAUGGGCGGUUUCGUGAGUGUCUCGUAUUACGGCUUCCUAACGCCCGCGCGUGUAGCAUGAUCAUCGAGCUUCAUGUUCGCAACCUUAACAACGCGCUAUCGUGAGCACUAACGACGAGUUUUUUGUCUAUGAGCUGAGCUUGCUCCUUGUACACGUGAAUGUCGCCGCCUGUUUUGUUUAGCGCUGCGUCGCGCCUGGUCACGUUGUUCCUACCGUUCAAACGCCGUGGCUGCUUCCCGGCUUCCAUGAGUGCAGCCGUAACUCCCUCUAAAAAGCUUCUAGGUGGGUGACCGGAGCGUUUUGUGAUCCAUUUGUUAGCGUAAAACGCUCUGUAGCGGUUGUUAAAAGCGCCACGGAUCGUCGUCUUCUGCGGAGCAGCAAAGUUGCCGGGAGAGCUGCAAACGGCGCUGAAGGUCAGGGCAGCGGCAAACUGUUAAACAGUUGUCGGCAUGUACGGCUUGUCGCUUGUUCCCAUGGCAAUACACAA